UGUACAACACAUAUUGUUUCAUGUAAAGUUUAGUUCUAAAAAUACAUAUUGCUUUACAGAAAAUGUAACUUUUGAAAAAUCACUAUUUUUAAAACUUCCCUUAGUGUUCUUUGAAAAGCUAAUCGAACAUGAAUCUUAAACCAUCUGAUAUAUAUUAUUCACAGGAUAGUAUUAGCAGUAUAUUUGGUGACAAUACAACUCACAGAGGGAAGAGAAUUGGUGAAACAUUGGACGACAUAAUUAAUGGAAGAUGCCAAGUCACUUCUAUACCAGUUAUUGAAGUAAAAAAUAUCGGUGGGAAAUGGUACACUUCAGACAACCGUCGUCUCUGGGUGUUUAAACAUCUACAACGGCUUGGGAGAUGCGAACAAAUACCAGUGCGACUUUGUCGUAAUUUCAAUCCCAGAAAGUUUACAACAACAAAUGGCGGUGUGGAUAUACGCGUACGUGGUCAUGGACCUGGUGGAAUAUGGUAUAUGCGCUCAUAUCCCUCCACCGAUCUUCAAACGAGAACGCUUGGGGAUACUUUAUGUACAGCAAAGUCAAGUGAUCAACAGUUACGUGCAACGCAUUUUAAUGUUAACAAUCCAAUCGAAAAGCAUACAGGCAUUGAACUUGCCAGACAUCAGAUUGGCAACGAAUUUAAAGCUGAUAAUUCAUCGUAUGAAAAAGAAAACUGCAAAUCAAACGUUACCGCAAGUAAAAGGUCAGACGUGAAAUUUAAAUAUGCGGAUUUUUCGGACAUACAAAGCCAACAGGCAAUCGGGUUUUCAGAUCGAGCGCAUGAUACUCGUUCACCUAGCAUUUUAGCUAUGCAUGAUACCAAUCGUGAAAUCAAUGAGACAAAAGCACAGAGAGGCUGUAUAGUGCAAACUGGCAUAGUAAACGAGUCUUUACAACGAAUGUCUAUCUCCCCUGGCCACACAUUACAAACUACCGCCAGAGUGUUCUCAACACCGAAUGCUGAGACGCGAACACAAACGUAUUUAGAAAUACUUCAUAAUCGUUAUUUACAUACUGAUAUUGAAAAACCAAAUGCUCAUGCCAUGGCUAACAUACAGACAUCGAAGGCACAUUCUAAGAUAUGUGAAAAUUAUCAAGAGUUGACCUUUAGGCAAGCAAGACAGAGCAUUUCCUUCGAAUAUGACAGAAAGCAAACCGACUUUGCCUUUGAGAAAGAAAUAUCAUCUAUGCCCUCGAACGAAAAUGCAAAUAUGCCAUAUUGGAAUAAACAAACAGCAUGCAUGGCACCAAUGACCUUUCAUGAAUCAAAAUCAACAAAAGCCGCGACAUUACACAAUACCAAAACUGAUAUCAAUAAUGAUAAGCCUGACAGAAAAUACUUUGAGACGAAAUUACAAAGUCCAAGUCAAGAUAUACUGGCAGAUGGUUAUUUUGUUCCGCCAGAGAAACCGAUUUUUAACAAUCCGACAAAGUCUGAAAAUAAUUCGCAUGCUACAAUUGAGUAUUUGAGUGCAACAAAUAUGGCUAGCAGUCAGGAGAUGGGUUCAAGAGACACACCCAACAAGCCGAACGUGAAAGUAAAAUAUAUUGCAACGGAACCUACCGAUUUUGAAGUAUAUACGCGCGCAAGAAACGCUAAAGGAAAUGUUGUUGUUUCAGAAAAAAGGUCAAGCGCACGUCGUCUUAAAACAAGCGACUUUAAAGAGGUAUCUACGGAAGGUUAUACAAAUUCAAAUCAUUCGACCAGUAUAAGUUUCGAGCAUGUAAAUGAGUCAGAAACGAACAAAUCUGAGCAAAUAUAUGAAAGCAAGCCGCGUAUAAAGUCAACUCUGGAAGGAAACAACAGAACGGCAAGACUGUUUCCCGAAAAUUUUAAAGUAACUACUGUAGCAAACACCAGCAGACAAAUGGAUGAGAUCCCCCUAAAUGUAUCCACAGAGAAAGUGAGAAAUAUAUCGGGGAAAGAUUUAAAGGUCCCAUAUCCGAUCGUUUCGGAAGAUUCAGUGGCUGUUGGUUUUACAACAAAAUCAAUAUGCAGCUCAAACAGAGACAAGAAACAUUCUACCGACAAACUAGAAUAUCCAGCUAGAGAUGAAGAAGUGUUUCGAUGUUCAACAUCUACAACAAAAAACAUUUCAAAACCACUAGCCUCCGGCACAAAUACGACAAGAACUGAAUCAACAAGUGAUCGCGAUUUAAGAGGAGAUGGGCAGGUGGCCGUCUCGGGAACGAGACACAUCACCCCAUCGGCAGCGCGGGAGGAAAUAAAUGCAACAAGUGCAUCAAAACAUAAAAACAAGGUUUCUGUCACAAACAAUAGUAGACAUUCAAUACCCGAUAAAGCUGACACUUCUGACAGUUUGACAAGUGCACGGACUAUAUACAUAUAUCAAGAAAAGGCUCAUAAAGCAACCAUAAUUACAAACCAGCGUGUUCUAUCAGAUACCAGUGAACACUCAGGUAAUACACUACGGAAGAGAUGUGAAGAAGGAAAUGUAAAACACUCGAAUCAGUUAAACGAUACUGAAGCUGCUGGAAAAGAAAGCUAUAGAACUUUACCAAUGAAAAAUAUGAUUAAAGAACCAUUUAUUGAACACACCAAAUACCCACAAAACAACGAAAUUGAACGGAAAGGCUGCACAGAUAAGCAUUUUCCACCGGAUUUUUGUGUACGUAAAUUGAAACCAGAACCAACGAAAUUAUCGAUACCUGAAAGUCAUAGCGAAAACAAAACUGGUGAAUCGAUUCCUAUAUCAGCACUUUACUAUACAGACACGGAUAAAACAUCGCAUAGAAGAGACACGCACAGGGGCAGUGAGAUUCAAUAAUUGGGUUGUAUCCGCAGACUUAACAAUAGAUAAAAAUUCAGAAAAAAUAUCAACCUGUCAAGAAACUGUCUCUUACAACGAUAGAGUAUACUUCCAGAAGUCACCGGAUGUAAAAGCAGUUAAUGACAAUCAAUUACAAAGCCUUUCAAAAAGUGGGAGAAAAAAUAACGACCCUGCAACAAAGUGUAUAAAUAAAGAUACUGGUUUGAUAAUAAUGAAACAAGCAGAUGAAUCUUUAAGAAUGGCGAACACCUGUGAUGAAAAUUCCCUUACAAACGAACGGUACCGUAUUAAAAGAAAACCGGUUCGUGUCGAAUCAGAGGGGAGACUACAAGUGGGGACAGCUGCAAAGCCACGAGCAAGAAUUGAUCAAAACGUAAAUGAAUCAAUAACUGGUAUGUUUAAAACUGUUUACAACGAGUUAGAUGACGACUAUGACAGCGAUUCGGAUGAAGUGUACGUAAACAAAGCGGGGACUAUAAAAACACUGGAAAAUCGAAGGUCGAAGAAGAAAUAACAUCACCGAUACAAAAAGAAACUAAGAUAUCUAAGAUGCGUACAAACAUGCGUGUAAGCGAUCCUCUGCACGUUCAAUACAACAAAAAUAAAUAAUAAUACUAAUAAAAUAAAACAGUGCUUAAGAAUUAUGAUGAAUUAGAUGGACAAAUGCACUUCUAAAAUGUAUUGUAAAUAUUGAAAUGACGGGAUUGCAAACUUCCUUGAUAUAAAGAUAAGUUAUCUUAAUGGUUUUUAAUGUGUUAUUAUUUUGACAAAUUGAUAUUGUUACUAUAUUCCAAUUAAAAUGGUUCAUGACAUAAUUGUAACGAACUUAAAAAGAAAACAGUGUGUUUGGUGUAUACUGAGUGUGAACAACCUUUAUAUUCUUAAGUAUUUUGUAUUUAAUUUUUUUUUAAGUGGUUUGAAUGCAAUAUGGGCAUUACAAGGUGUUUUCAUUUUAUUAAGUUGUUAAGUUAAACAAGAUUAUUGUACAUGGAAAGUUAUCCAGAUUUUACCCUGACAUGUAUAUUAAAGUUACUAGUUUGAA